AACUGCACCACAGUACGCCGAAAACAUAAAUGGCGGGCUCUGCGCGGCCUUGAAGCAUAAUUUUCGCGGAAAAAUGUAAACAGUCACGGAAAGGUACAAAGUUUUGUAAACUGAGAAAAAGUCCUUUUUUAAUGUCAUAUGCAUAUGAUUAGCUAUGGAGACAUUCAGCAGUCUGUUUGGUGCAACGGCGGAAAGCAGCAUACCAACUGAACCUAAAGGCCCAAUAAUGAAAGCAGAAAGUACAAGUCUUCCUCCAGAGGUUGAAGAAGGAAACAUAGAGUACAAGCUGAAGCUUGUAAGUCCUUCAGCCUCAAGAAUUGAACACUUGGUUACACAGAUGAAAUGGCGUCUUAAAGAAGGGGGAGGUGAAGCCAUAUACGAAAUUGGUGUUGAAGACAAUGGCACUCUUACUGGACUUACAAAAGAUGAAUUGGACUGUUCACUCAAGACUAUAAGAACCUUGGCUGGAAGACUUGAUGCAGAAACAACAAUUGUGAGAAAACAGGAAAUAAAAGAUGAUGCUCAAACAAGAUUUGCAGCAGAAGUUCUUGUAAGGAAGAUACCUGAUGACCAAGAGUUUGUAGACAUAAGAGUAGCUGUCAUUGGCAAUGUUGACGUUGGCAAGAGUACUCUUUUGGGUGUACUUACUCAUGGUGAAUAUGACAAUGGAAGAGGCAGAGCCCGCCUAAAUCUAUUUCGUCAUCUACAUGAAAUCCAGUCUGGUAGAACUUCAAGUAUAAGUCAUGAAAUUCUCGGGUUUGACAAUGAUGGAGAGGUUAUAACAUACAACGACUCAUGCACUGCUGAAGACAUAUGUUCCGCUGCCUCCAAGUUGAUAACAUUUAUCGACCUUGCCGGUCAUUACAAAUACAUGAAAACAACAAUAUUUGGUCUUACCGGCUAUUUUCCUGGCUCGGUUAUGCUCGUGGUUGGAGCAAACACUGGCAUGGCUGGAACCACGCGUGAACAUCUUGGCCUGGCAAUUGCCCUGAAAAUUCCUCUGCUUGUGGUGAUAACCAAGACCGAUUUGUGUCGACAAGAAGCCCUUGAUCGAACAACAAUGCAACUAGAGCGCAUCCUGAAGUCCCCAGGCUGCAACAAAGUUCCUAUUGUAGUCAAUGAUCAUGAUGAUGUCGCCACCGCUGCGCACAACUUCCCAUCCGGACAAGUUACACCUGUCUUUAAAGUUUCUUGUGUCAACGGAAAGAACCUGGAUCUUCUCAAAUCAUUCUUUUUUCUGGUUCCUCCAACUUCGUCUGCCAUGGAACAAGAAAAACUGUUGCAGCAGCCAGCAGAGUUACAGGUUGACCAAGUGUUCCACCGGACCAAAGCUGGCACUAUCGUAGGUGGUACGCUAUCGCAAGGUGUGAUGCGUGAAGGUGACAAACUAUGUGUUGGUCCAUCAGAACUUGGGGAGUUUUAUCCUGUCACCGUCACUUCAAUAUAUCGGAACAGGGCACCAACACGUGUGAUACGGGCUGGUCAGGCUGCAUCUAUAGCGCUGUCAGAUGUGGAAAGACAUCAGCUGAGAAGAGGACUGGUGGUACUCGAGGCCGUAACAACACCAUACUGCUGUCUUGAGUUCGAAGCAGACGUCUUUCUUCUAUUUCACACAACCUCGAUUUCGAAACGUUUCCAAGCAACCGUACAUAUAGGAAACGUCAUACAAACAGCGAUCGUUGUCGAUCUUAGCAGGGAUCCUUUGCGGACAGGCCAAAGAGCCAAAAUUCGAUUCAGAUUCAUAAAGCAACCAGAGUACAUCAAGACUGGUGCGCGCAUUCUGUUCAGAGAAAGAAGGACAAAGGGAAUCGGAGAGGUCACCCAAGUUUUCUAUUUCCAGAAGGGCUCCUCAAUUGUGAGCGAUUACAAUCAGGUUUUUUAGAAUUAGCUCUUAGCUUUUAGUGUAAUGUAAGAUUCCAUACAUAAUGCAGUCCAGUGUGCAUCCAGGAUCUUCGAUGCGAGCAUGCCCGCUUGGCUACCAAACCACCGUUACCAAAUACCAUAUCCAAGAAAUCUAUUUUUGUAGUUUUCUGUCAAAAUGAUUGAUUUAAUUUAGCUUACUGCCCCUAUUUUUUUCGAAGAAAUCACCAAUCAGCAACCAGCAAUUGGAGCUCGCAUCUAGCGCAGUAUUGUUACCAAUCACAUUGUAGCCGCUGUUUUGUUAUUUCCUAGAUAGCUUGUAAUUCUACUGGCAAGAAGCACGUUUUAGACUUAGAACAUACCAUGAAUUGUGUAACUAUCUAUAGAUUAUUCCAUUGCCGCUUUAAAAGGAUGUUUGAUAAACCUACUUUUUGGCUAUUUUAUAUCAAGCUUUUUUCAUCUAAUGAACUAUUUAAGUAAUGAAUAUCGCCUCAGCUAGUUAGCUUAGAAAUGUCUGCUUUCCAUUAGCAUAAGUUUUACGAUUUAGAUGUAAUAACAUGUUUUAAAAUUUUUCCCUGUGUGUAAGAAACCAAGGGGAACCAGGCCAUCAUCGUUGACCGUUCAAAUGCUUGCUAAAAUCACACCCAAAGCUAAGCAAAAUGCCCUGUUCAUCAGUUCAUCCCCAAGGAUAUGCUAGUGCUUUACUUGAAUCACUUUCUGUUUCAAUUCCGGGCUUCAGAAAACUUUUCACCCUCUUGCCUUGAGCUGGCCUCUAAAUACUUCAUGGAUAGAUAAGUAUUUUUCCCCGCCCGCUCCUAUCCUGUUCUCUCAAAGGAGAGCGCUUUUACAAUGACCUCUUAUUCAGUAGAAUUUUCCUUUAUCGAGUAUAAUUUAGGUUAUGUAGAUGAUUUUGUGUAUACUGUAUAUUAUGUGCCUAGCUGUCUAUAUGUAGCUUAAAGAAGUCCAGAUCGUUAAUAAUUUAUUGUUUAAUCAAAUUGAGUGUUGCUUCCUCUUCGCCCUGUGCCCUUAUAACGAGAAUUGUAGAACUUGAUUCGCUUUGUAAUGUUUUUACCCACGCUCCACCUGUGAUUCGCCAUGGACAACAAUUCCCAAUACGAAUUAGUCGAUCUACACGUAGCCCCCAUCGCUACUUAUCUUCGAUUUGAACUCCCGUUUGACGCCAUUAUCGUAAGAAGUACUUCAUGUAAAAUUGUGUUUAUAUUCAACUCUCUGCGUUUUGCACAGUUCGUUUAUUUCUCAAUUUUUAAUUGCUACACGUUCUUGAUCAGCAAUUUUUUAAUUCUGUGUUGACAUGAUGAUCCCUAGCUUUAA